CCCACGGUAACCGUCUCAGGCAGAGGGCUUCUCCUGAGCUCCGUAACAAGGCACCCAAUAGAGGCCCGCUCUUAAGGCAUCCUGGGAACCAACAGCCUGUAGGCCCUCCUAGGUGACCUCUGAUCCCCAGUGUUGAUCUUCGUGCAGCCCCUGGCUGGGCCGAGGGGGCGGCCAUGGAGCUCGGGAGCUGCUUCAAGACCUACGAGGACUUCAAGGAGUGCUUCAGCGCCUACAAAAAGGAGAACAAGUGUUCCUUCAUUCUCAGGGACUGCAUCUCCGUCCGGUACCACAACCUCAACCAUGGCACCUCUAUCCGCGAGGACAUCCUAUAUGUGCAGGUGAAAUUUGUCUGUAUUCGGACCCAGUCAAACAGGAAGAGAGCAGCAGAAGCAGACAUGUGCCCAGCAUACUUGCUCCUGCGGUACAAUGAGAAACUGGAUAGACUGUUCAUCAGUGAACUCAACACACAGCAUAUACACACUGACCCCAAAACCACGGGUCCUAGAGGACACGCCACCGGCAAAUCUCAGAAGAAACUCCAGUCUGCACAGCCCGAGGUCAACAAAGACCUUGGCACAGCUGCUAAGUCCCCAGUUGAACCAUCGUUUUGCUUAGACAAGGUCCAAAUACCCGCCAAGCCAGAGCAGGAGGGCAUUACUCCUUCUGACCUGGCCAAGAUAGCCAAAGUGAUGAAGAACUUUCUUAAGGUGGACGUGGGUUCCAUGGCCUCCUUCAGUGUGGGCAGCAGCCGAGACCUGGACCGGCUCAGUUUCCAGAGCAGCAAGAUGAGCGAUCUGUUUGUCCGCUUCCCGGAGAAUCUCUUGCUGCACCGGGUGGAGAAUGCCCAGGGCCACAUCCUCUACGCUUUCCUGGUGGAGAGCAAGGAGCGAGAGGGGCGGGUGGUGCACUUCGCGGUGCUCAAGGCCGAGACAGCCACUUCCGUGGCCAAGAUGCUAAGCAUCUUUACGGAGUUCAACUCAGACUGGCCCAAGGUCAAGGUGGUCUUCGUGGACCCAUCCUUCCCUCACCGAGCCAUCCUGCAGGAGGUCUUUCCUGGUGCCCGCACCCUCCUCUCCAUCUAUCACACGACCCGACUCUUGGAGAAGAAGCUGCAUCGUAGUUCCGCAGAUCCGUCCUUUAAACGGCUCAUGAAGGAAGCCCUGCGGGAGGCCGUGUUUGUCACCUCCGAGACCAGCCUGCAAAAUCUCUGCCAGAUGUCCCGGGCCCUGCUCGACGAGCAGCUUUUCAGCUUCCUGCAGGCCCACUGGUUCUCCUGUGAACUGCUGUGGUACAUGCACGUCAGGAAGGGCCUGCACGCCUGUAGCACCUACAUGGACAGUCUGGACGUCGUCACCAGCAAGGUGUCGAGCCUCUUCCGGGAGCAGCAGUCCCUGCUGGACUGCAUCCUCCGCUUCGUGGAUUACAUAGACUUCUUUAACACCAAAGGCGUGAAGAACUUGCCCACUGCUCCCCCCAAGUUAAAGAGAGCCCGGUCAGCAAACACGGCCCCCAAGUCCAAGAAGCCUUCUGUCAUCUGCAGAGGGAGCCUCAGCAGGCCCCCUGUGCAGGAUGCCAAGCCAGAGCAGGUGCAGGGGCCGCCAUGGCAGCCUCCCCAGGGGCAGCCCUCGCAGGGUGGCAUGCUGGCCUCCUUACACCAGAGUGGCUCCGACCUGGCCUACAAGCUGUGCCACAAUGAGUGGGUGGUGGUGCAGAGCUCCACGCACCUGGUGGACGUGGCUGGCUGUGCCGUGGACGUGCAGCUGCUCGAGGACUCCCAUCAGGUGAGCAAAGACGGCUGCAGCUGCAGCUGCUCCUUUCAGCAGCGGUAUCACCUGCCAUGCCGGCACAUCCUGGCACUGCUGCACACCAGCCAGAGGCCCGUGAGUGAAGCCAUGGUGUGCCGCCGGUGGCAGAAGAGGUACCAGCACCUCCUCGGGCCCAGCGGGGAGCUCCGGGACCCCAUUCUGAUCCCGGCAGAUGCAGGCCAGCCAGGGGAGCCGGGACGGAAUGACAUGAUUCAGGACCUAAGCAGGGAGCUUGCAAAUCUGCUGAUGCAGAGUGAGGGACCAGAGCUGGAGGAGCGCUGCUCCACGCUGCGCAAGAUUGUGGACAUCUGGGCGGCCCCCUGCCAGCCUCCUGAGCCCAGUCACCAGCCAGGGGACUUCAGGGAUGUGGGCUGCCUCCCUUUCCUCUGGGGAAAGCAGGAGGAAGGGGAGGGACUGGCUCCUGCCGGCGCCACCAUUCACGGUUGA